ACACUCCUAAAUACACUCACAUCGCACACAGCCCCGUCCCUGACAUGCACACCAAACAAACGUAACAGUUUAUCGCUUCUAUAGUGGCACAAGAACGUCAUUGUUUCAAGUGUUCAGUCUGAUCUCGGUUGAACAAAAAUACGUUCAGUCGGUUGCGAAAACUCACCCAGUGCGGACGGAGCUCAUCUGGCAAUAAUGGUCGAACUCGGUGGUAAUAAGGGGCUGUUUGGAAGCCUUCUAUUGCUUUUUGCUACUGUAGCAGCCUAUACGGACUACGAUCGCAACGCCAAUAUGUACGAUACGUAUAGCGGUGCCGUUUACGAGCACAUACCGAUCAAACCCCCGCGUGUGCAAAACGUCAGUAGAUACGAAGCAUUACGUGUGAUACGGCAAAACUUGGAAAUAUAUGCUAACAUGGUUAGGGAAGCCGAGAGGUCGAGAGCUGAUGUAAUCGUAUUUCCUGAAUAUGGAUUGUUCGGAGUAUUUGCCUUUGGUACAAUGAAGAGCCAUGACUCUAUUCAUCCGUUCUUAGAAACAAUACCUGAGGUAGAACAUGCCAAGUGGAACCCGUGCGAGGAAAGAGAUUUGGAUGAAGAAGAUUAUAUUAUCCAGAAGAAGCUCAGUUGUUUAGCAAGAGAUAACAGAAUGCACAUUGUGGCUAGCUUAGGUGAGAAAGCAAGAUGCAACCGCCGAUCAAAUCAUAAAUGCCCUAGCCAUAGUUAUUACCAUUACAGUAGUACGGUUGUGUUUUCGGACAAAGGAAAUCUCGUAGCCAAGUACCGUAGAAUGGCUUUGUUGAAUGAACCAUAUUUUGACAGCCCGGAUGAAUUCAGCAUUGCUGUUUUCGAGACUAUUCAGAACAAAUUUGCCGUAGUGAGUUCUUAUGACACAAUGUUGAAAGAACCAAUAACGGAAUUAUUAAAUAAGCGGAAAGUGAAGAACAUAAUCAUUCCCAAUGUUUGGCGAUCGAGUUCGCCUUUGCUUAGUAGUGUUCAAUGGCACUCUAGUUGGGCAAUUGGAAAUGAGGUUAAUGUACUAGCUGCUACUAUACAUGACACAAACAUUGGGUCAUAUGGAAGUGGAAUUUACUUCCCAUAUAGUGAAAGUUCUUAUUAUAACAAACCUGAUUCUACAAGAGGCCACUUACUCAUUGACCAUGUGAAAAUGAAUCGUUAUUCAAGACAAAAGAAACCAGUCAUUCCUCAUUUAUCAGUUUCCUUUGGCAAAUUCUCGUAUCACAGUGUCAAAAUACUCGGUGAAGAAAUUCGUUUUAAAUUUAUAGAUCUGCCAAAUUACACCGAUAAUGUAAGCAUAUGUAGUGGUUCUUUCUGUUGUAAAGUAGAUUAUUCUGGCGAAUCUUUAGAAUCGGAGAAAUAUAGCCUGGGGAUCUACAAGGGCUUUAUAAAUGCUCUAGACAGGCGCAUGUCGUUUGAGAUCUGCACAGUCAUGAACUGUAAUAGAGUAUGCGGGAAGGAUAUCUUCUCUGCUGAUACAUACUUUUCAAGAUUUGGUCUUUCUGGUUAUAAUUUCACGGCUGAUCAUAUUUAUCCACAGAUGGUAUUUAUGAAUAAAGGAGAUCAAAUUCUUGAUGAUGUGUGGCAGUAUGAACAUGGCAAAAUAAACUCAAAACAUAUGUUCAACAAUCCCUUGCAUUCAGCAACAAUGAUUGGACGGAUCUAUAACGAAGAUAAAUCUCUUCCUACAUUUGGGACUUCAGGCUUCCCUGUUAAUGAGGACAAGAGAUACAGUGAGAGAACAAAAUAUGAUAGAAAGAACGGUGCAGUGUCAAGAUUUACUCCAACAGUAUUUGUUGUAGUCAUGGGGACCAUCCUUUCAGUACUUAGCUUCUCUUGAUCUCAGAACUCAUCCGUUUAAAAUAUAACAUAUUUACACACAUAUAUACACAAAUGAG